AUGGACGUGCUUUACUACAACCUGCUGCUCGCCGCGCUGCGCGCCCGCCAGGAGGCCGGCGUCGCGUACUACGGCGCGUUCGUCGCCGACCUUGAGCCCGUGCCGCCCGACCUCUACGCGCACUGGGUGCCGCCGCCCGGCUCCUUCGCCGUGCAGCGCGCCGACGGCGACGACGACGAGCGCGGCGCGGAGGACGAGGACGCGGCGGGGCGGGACGGCGCGGACGACACGGACGCGGACGCGGGGGAGCACGCGGGGUCGGACGGCGAGGGGGGGGCGGACGACGCAUCGGCGGAAGCGGUGGUUGCGCGCAGGGGUCCGGGCAGGCCGCGGUCGGCGCGGAGCCGGCCGGGCGCGUCAGCAGGCGGGGCAGCGGCGGGCGGGGAGAGCGGCGACGCGGCGGCGAGCGAGGAGACGAUGAUGCCCGCGUGGCUGAAGGAGCUCAUCGCGGCGGACAGAGAGAGGGCCGCGCUGCAGCCGCAGGGCGGGGAGCAGGGCGGGGGCGAGCAGGCGCAGCAGCAGGGGGCGGAGGGGUUGUCGUUCCCCGUGGUAGACAGCAACAUGAUCCGCGGGUCGUUCCCCGCCGCCGUGGCCGCCGUGCGCUUCCUGGAGCGCGCCAGACGCCGCCUGGGGGGGCUGCCGGGGCGCACGGGGGAGGUGGAGAUGGGCGGAGGGGUGGGCGGGGAGGGGGAGAAGUGGAAGGACCGCCUGGCGGAGGAGAUGAUGACGUCAGCGCUGGGGGUGAAGGGCACGCUGGGGUCGCGGGAGGGCGGGCGAGGGCGGGAGGGCGGGGGGGAUAAGAUAGAGCGGUGGACGCCCAACGAGGACGCCAUCCUGCUGGUGGGGCGCGUGCUCUUCGGCACCCGCUGGAUCAGCAUCGAACGCAUCCUGCCCGGCCGGUCCAUCCAGGCGAUCAAGACGCGGUGGCUCAACUACCUCAAGGGGCUCUUCCGCCGCCACCGCUGUCAGGGGGCGGCAGGGAGGGCGCUGCUGAGCAUGCCGGCUGUGCCACCCGCUGGAGCAGCCGCAGAUGGUGGCGCAGGCAGAGCAGGGGGAACAAUGGGCGCUGCCCCAGGAGCUGCUUCAGGGGCUGCUUCAGGGGCUGCUUCAGGGGCUGCUUCAGGUGCUGCUUCAGGUGGUGCUGGUGGUGGCGUGGCCGCAUCAGCAGUAGGGGUCACGCCAACCAAGCGGUCGCGCUCCCAGUCCUCCCGUGCCCCCGCCGCCACGCCCACGCCUCCCACCGCGGCACAUGGCGGCCAGGAGGAGGGGGGAGGGGAGGAGGAGGCGGGAGGGGAGGAGGAGCGGGUGCGGCGGCACGAGCGGUACCUGACGUGCCUCAUGCUGCGCACUGAGAAGGGCCCGCCGCCGCACUCCCUCUCCGCCACGCACGAGCUCUAUUGCUUCGCCUGCAAGUCCUCCGAGGGCCAGCUGUCGCCCUGCUAUUGGUCGGACGAGGCGGUGGCAGCGACGGCGGCGGAGUGGGGCGGUGGGGGAGGGGCGGUGGUGGGGCUGAUUCCCUGCGCCAAGGCUUACCAUGCUCGCUGCGUGCAUGCUGCAGUCAAGGUGAGUCCAUGGGUCAAGGUGAGUCCAUGGGUGAAAGUGAGUCCAUGGGUGAAGGUGAGUCAAUGUGGGAAGCAGGAUUGUUUGAAGUUUGGUGUUUCAGCUCCAUGGCCUUGCCCCCAUGGCCUUGGCCCCAUGGCCGUGCCUUGUCCGUGCAGCAAGCAUGGAGUCUCCUCUCACGUGCGCUUGCCUCUGGGCCGUACUCUCACCCACUCUGCUGCUUCCACCUUCCCUCGCUCGCCGCUCACUCCCACGUCCUGCCUCCUUGCCUUUGCCCACCUACUGUCACUCUCUGCGUUGCAAUCAGGACGGCUGCCCGUUCAUCUGCCCGAGGCAUCAGUGCAAGCAGCGCGGGUGCCGGGCAGCAGUGGCGGUGGUGUGCCGCAGCUGCCCCUCCUCCUGGUGCUCCCUGCACGUGCCACCCUCCUCUCUCGACUGCGAGCCCUCGUUUCUGAGAAGGUUCCGCGUGCAGCCGCAAGUGCGCAUCACCAUCUGCCCCUGCUGCCAGGUGGGUGUGGAAAUGACUGGGUGUGGGGGUUGGGUGCUGUGUGCGUGCAUCUCCAUGUGUGUGCAUCUCCAUGUGCGUCUAAGUGGACGCCCGGGGGAGUUGGAGCAAAGUGUGCCCUUCCACAGCCACAGCGCAGGGUGAGCGCUGUGGACGCUCAUGGGGGCAUGGCUGCAGCAGGUGGGAUGGUGGCAGCCGGUGGGGCCAUGGGGGCAGGUGGAGGUGCGCGGGGAGGCGGUGAGAUGCAUGGGGUGGCAGGGAUGGGCAUGGCGACGCAUGGGGUGAUGGGUCAGUAUGCCCCUGUCAUGGGCCAGCAACCCGUCAUGGGCCUUCAGCCACUGCAGCAGCCGCACAUGGGGCAGCAACAGGCGGCACAGCAGCAGGUGAUGGGACAAGGCGUCACGUCAGCAUCAAGGCAGCAGGGGCUUAUCAUGGGGCAGCAUGCAGCAGCAGCAGCAUCGGCAGGGGUGGGAGCUCCAGGCAUGGCAGCAGCCGCAGGUGGGGCAGCAGCGGCAAGGGAGUGGGCGGAGGUGUUGGAGGAGAUUCGGUUUGUGCCCAACAACCGCCCUGCUGACAUCUUCAACCUCCUCCACCUGGUGAGACGCCCCUGCCUGGUGAGACGCCCCUGCCUGGUGAGACGCCCCUGCCUGGUGAGACGCCCCUGCCUGGUGAGACGCCCCUGCCUGGCACUGCCACUAGCGAGAGCACAGGGCCUGACACCCGAGGCACUGGCAGUGUUGGAGCGAGCUGCCUCCGCCGCCGCCGCUGCUGCUGCUGCCUCUCCCUCGUCCCUCCCUGCUGGCCCCAGCCCUGGCUCCCACCGCCCCUCCGGCGCUGCUGCUGCUGCCAAGACCAUGGCCCUGCAGGUGAUAGAGAUGUAUCGCAACAUGUCAGCACCCAGACCCACACAGCCUGCACCACGGCCACACCCCUACUUCGGCUUCCCCGGCAUCUGA